AUGUUGAAUAAAGCGUCAUUAGCAAUCAAAUACUUGUUAUUUGUCUUCAAUUUGAUAAUAUUUUUGAGUGGAAUUUUAUUAUUAACCCUUGGAUUAUCAAUUCGUAACGUUUACAACCAAUAUGAACAAUUUUUAACAGAGCACUAUUUUACUGUGCCGUCUCUGUUGAUUGUCAUCGGUCUCACAGUUCUAACAGUAUCAUUUUUUGGAUGCUGUGGCACAUUUAAGGAAAACAAUUGUAUGAUGAUCACCUUCGGAUUUCUUUUAGCAUCGUGUUUUCUAAUGGAAAUCGUAGGCGGUUUAGCUGGGUUUAUAUUAUUGGAAAAAACUCAUUCUGUAGUGACAUCAAAACUACACGAAACUAUGAUGUUUUAUAACAAAACAACGCACAUAACACAUAUAUGGGAUGGACUUCAAACAUCUUUACAUUGUUGUGGAGCUGAGAAAUUGGAUGACUGGUAUCCCAUACUUGAAAACCAAUUACCUAUGUCUUGUUGUGGAUCAUAUGAUGGAGCAAUAGAUCAUCAGAAUUGUACAGCAUCUGAACCAACUGUUUACCAGCAACCAUGUUAUGUGUCAUUAUCAAAAAUUGUAAAAGAAAAUGCCAGUACGUUAAGUGGUGUUACUAUAGGAAUAGCGUUUUUGCAGUUGGUAGGUAUUAUGCUGUCAUGUUCAUUGUCAAAGUCUAUUCAAAAAAGUUAUAAACAAGUUUGA